AUGCACAAAGCCGCUGCCAUCAUUCAAGCUAAUUUCAGGAGACACAAACAGCAAACAGACUAUAAGAGACGAUGCUGGGCAGUGACUGUCAUACAGCAGAGGUUUAGAGCGCAGAAAUGUAAAGAACUUCAGGAAAAGCGUUACCAAGAUGUUAGAAGAGCCGUCAUCGUUCUUCAGGCUGCAUAUCGAGGAAUAAAGUCCAGACGAAUGAUCGGAAAAAGGCGAGAGGCUGCCAGCGUCAUCCAGAGCGCCUUCAGAGUCCACCGUGAACGGCAACGGUACCUGAAACUGAAAUCAUCCGCUCUCACGAUUCAGAGGAAAUAUCGAGCCACUUCAGAAGCCAAAGUGAUGAAGAACAGAUACUCGCUGAUGAGGAAGGCUGUCGUCACUCUUCAGAGAUGCUGCCGAGCCUGGAAGGAAAAACGACAGGCCAUAAAGAUCCAACGAGCCCUGAGAGCCCACUGGGCUUUGGAAUCAGCAAAAAGACAGAUCCAGUCGGUCGUUACCAUACAGCGUUGGGUUAGAGCGAGGCUGCAGAGGAGACGACAUCUGGAGGACAGGAGGAAGGUGGUGAUGGUCCAGAGAGUGGUCAGGCGUUGGUUAGCGCGCCGCCACAAAGCCGCCGCCGUCAUCCAGGAAGUGACCCGAAAAUUCCUCCUGGACAGGCGACAGAAGAGGGCUCAACGAGGAAUCGUCAAAGCUCAGGCUCUGUGGAGAGGACACCGCUCCCGCAUGCUGAGCGACAAACCCAAACUCGUGAAGCUGAGGCUCCGCUUGCGCAAAAUCUCUGCUGAAGUACGAGAGGAAGACAAACUGUGCAACAAAACCUCUUCUGCGCUGGAGUAUCUCCUCCGAUACAAACACUUCUCCUUCAUCCUGGAGGCCCUGAAGAACCUCGAGGCCGCCACCAGGCUGUCGCCAGAGUGCUGCGAGCGGCUGGUGGGAAGCGACGCCACCGGUGUCAUCUUCACGCUGAUACGCAGCUGCAACCGGAGCGGACCCUGCAUGGAGGUCAUCACCUUCUCCGUCCAGAUCCUCCUCAACCUCUCCAAGUACCACCUGACCAUAGAGGCGGUGUAUUCGGUGGAAAACUCCCUGGAAACGCUGCUGGAUUUACUGCAGAAAUACCGGGAGAAAGCCGGGGACAAGGUGGCCGAAAAGGGCGGCAGCAUCUUCACCAAAGCCUGCUUCCUUCUCGCUCUGCUGCUGCAGGACGAGCGCCGCGCUCAGGAGGUGGUGAAGCUGCCUAAAGUUUUGGACCGGAUACGCAGCAUCUACCGGCUCACCGCGCGGAAACACAAAAUGGACGAAGAGCGCAGCAUCACCAGGCAGAGAAUCAACGCCUCGAUCAACGGGAGCUUCUUUGUUCCGCCAACGCCGCGCAAAUCCAAACCGCCACCAAAGUUUGUACCGGAUUGGGUUCUGAGGAAGGACAAACUGAAAGACGUCGUCGAUCCCCUCAGGGCGAUCCAGAUGGUGGCGGAAACGCUCGCCAUCGUUUUAUAAACAGAAAACCUUCAAGAGUCUUUUUGUUUUCACAGAAAACCUCAGAUUU